CGAGAAGGAGCGCAAGGACGAGGCUCGCAGGGAAGCCCUCAGAAUUGCCAAUGAAGAGCGCAAGAAGCUCAAGGCUCAAGCCGCUCAGCUCAGAGCCCAAGAACGCGAUAUCGAACGACAACAGUUUCGACAAAUGUUGUUAAAAGAAAGAGCUGAGAAACUUGAAAACUGGAGGAUGAAAGUCAAAAUACAUGAGGAGAAGAAAGGCGAGAAGAAAGAGUUAUUGCGCCGACAAAGUUCAACGUGGAUUGAUGAAGAGAUACUUGAGAAAAAAGUUUUGGAAUCUAUUGGAGCUCCACAAUUGUUUUGAGAUGGCUGGACUUUUAGGAUAUAGGAGCCUUCCACCCAAGGCAAAGAAUUUGGUAGUUGCUGGGGGUUUGACAGCUUUUGUCUUUGGUGCCUACUUCUACACCAUGAGGGCUGUUGGUGGCACUGAUGAACUGCAGGUAGCAAUUGAUAAGUUUGAAUCUGACAAGAGCAAGAAGGAUGGUGAAACCAAUAUUCCAUCUAAGGUCUAAAGCUCAUUCGUUCUUGUACAACAAAACAAUACUUUUGGUCUGUAAUCAAGUGUUUUACUUAGCUUGAGAGUUAAAACGGAGAAUGAUAUUUAAUCUAGACCUAAUAAUUUCAACCAGCUUUAUGUACAAAUAAUGUGUGGUAGGGAAACUAUAAUUGAGACCCUGUUUUUGCCUUUUUUACUGUUUCAUGAUGAUAAUAGAAAUCUGUGAUCAUAGUAAUACUUAAGAACAAA